UUUUUAAAUUCAUUUCAGGAUUCAACCUUUACCUUGUCGCAGCGCAUGAGUUUGGUCAUGCUCUGGGAUUAAGUCAUUCGCGAUACAAAGAAUCUCUGAUGUACCCAACGUAUAGAAAACGCAGCACAGCAGGAAAUAUCCUCUCCAGUGAAGAUGUUGCUAAAAUACAAGCUCUGUACGGACCUAGAAGAAAUCUACUAUACGAUUUCUCAGGAUAUGGCAGGACAUCAUUAUUUUAUCCCUGGAGGCUGAAAUUUGAUGUUCCACAAACGAGGAAGGAAAAAUGUGACCCUGAUCUGUCUUUUGAUGCCGUGACUAUGUAACCCCCAUGCUUCCUGUUUCCAAAUAUGGGUAUCAGUGAGUCUGUUUCUUUAACACGACCCCCCUUCUGUGCCCGCAAUAAACACGUGCACAGUCAGUUGCCUGCAUGUUAAUUUCCAAUGUGCAAACGAGUGCUAGAGCUACCGUCCUAGGAAUACAUCUGAAAUUUCUAUAUGCUGUAUCUUCACUGUCCUGCAUUGCUAUUAUAUUUUAUUAAUAGGUAAGCGAUUUCUCCUUACUUUUGAUUUUUUUUUAUUGAUUAAAAAUAGCAGGAUUUGCUGUAAUAAAGCUUUAAGUAAAACUUUAAAUAAAUAAAUAAGUAGUGUGGCCGCCAUGUGGAUGAUUCUGUUCAAUACAGCUUUGCAAAUAAAUAUUUGAAGCGGCUAUAUUCUAAUACUUAUAAAAGAAUAAUAUAUAUUUUUUAUAUUUGAGUGAUUUCUGUUAUUUACAGAGGCAGUUGUGUUUCCCAUUUUACUCGGUAAAUAGAAAAAAAAGGAGAAUAUUGUUUAUACAUUCGUCCGCCAUUUUGACUGAACUGCAGUUAAAUAUAGUUCAAAACUUGAACGGUUUAUAAUAUGUGUUUAAGAUGUUCCAAAUAUAUAUUUGUCAUUUAUAUAGUACAUUUGUAUUGUAUGGUUACUAAAAAAAUAAAUAAAUACACUUUAAAUAAGUUUCCUUUUAAUUAAUGCACCACGUGUGUAUUGUGUUUUACACAGUCAGUUGCCUGCAUGUUAAUUUCCAAUGUGCAAACGAGUGCUAGAGCUACCGUCCUAGGAAUACAUCUGAAAUUUCUAUAUGCUGUAUCUUCACUGUCCUGCAUUGCUAUUAUAUUUUAUUAAUAGUUCGUGGAGACCGGAGAUUACGAAGAGUGGAGGACUCGAUCCAUUGCAUCUACCGAGACGGCUUGUAUUGCAGCGGGACUGACAGUUCAGCAGAAGGACUUGUUUUUUUUAUAUUUUUAAGUCCUCCGGAGGUACUUUAGUCGUUGUGCACAACUGAUAGAAACAUUUUGUUUUAUUCUAUAUUUUUUAUUUCCAAUGUUUGUUUGUUUUUUUUUACUGUGAACAAUAUUGUAACAAUUUUAAUUGCUACAUAUAUAUUACUUUUAUAAACAUUUUAUUUUCAUAAAGCAUAUUUGUUGUUGCUGAGUGAUUCUUUAUAAUAAAGUAACCUGGUAUAAAUAUAUUAAGGCAACUGUAUAACGUAAAGUACAUUUUCUUAAGAAGGGUAUACGCAGCAUUAGAGAGAGAUCUCCAGAAUUCACAUAUAUUUUCCCUGAACUUAAUUCUCAAUGUGACUCAUUGUAAUAGUGGGUUACAUAAGUAGAAAAAUUUGGCGCCCAAAACGCGGGGCUGCGCCCCUUCUAGUAAUCAUUCAUGUUUAAAUUACUCAGCAACAAUUAAAAUUUGUUUUGAAAUAUAUAUGCAAUAAGUUUAAUUUCUAUAAGUAAUGGAAUUGUGCAAGCAGUAUGAGUUUUGCGCUGAUAGGUCCAUACUUUUAGGUCAUGUAGAUCAAAGAGUCACCUAUGCUGACAUUAAGAAUGCAUUCAGUCCAGUUGGUGUUGUUACUAAAGUUCAGCGUUUAGUUGGACAAGUAUCUGAAAGUGUACUUUGUGAGUUUGAGGAAGGUUUGUCUGUGUUUCUGUUAGAUGAUGAGCAUGUUAGUCAUGACUUCAGCAGUCGCUGGACAGUACAGCCUGUUUUAUCAGAUCAAGUUAGAUUUAGCAACACUAGCACCAAUGUAAUGUCCACAGCUAUGUUACUGGAUGCCAUUUUGUUAGAUGUGACUGAUACUUUUCAGGAGCAGUUGGCAGAAAUAGCUAUCAAACAUGGCACUGAUGCUAAAGAAUUAGAAAAGAGGGCAUCCAAGCUGCUGUCUGAUAAACUUAGUGGAAGCUAUAAAGACUCUGAAGGGGUUAGUCCCUUGCCCAAGGUGUCUUUUGAUUUCUCAAAUGCUUUCACUCCUAAGCAGACAUUCUCAGAACAUUUUGAAACCUUUUCUUCACCCUCUCAACAGCCAAAUGUGUACAGCAACCAGUCCACACCUAUCUCUAUUCCUAGUGAUGUACAGAAAGUUGUAGUAGAGCAUGUAGUGAAAACUGCGAGUGAAGGUGCAUUUCUUAACAAUGUCCGUUACAAGCUCAAGUGUUUUUCGGGCACUGCCAGUAAGCCAAGUAGUGAAGCAGACUAUGAAACAUGGCGCAUUCAGAUUCGCCAGGUAAUUAAAGAUGUUGAUCUCACUGCUAAUGCAAAAAGACGCAAGUUACUGGAAAGUCUUUUACCCCCAGCUUUGAAUGUUGCCCUAUAUGCAGGAGAAGACGCAACUGCUGAGCAGUACUUUGAAGAGCUAGAGAAGGCUUAUGGCAGUGUAGCAAGUGGCGAGGAGCUGUUUAUACAGUUUAUUGAGACACAUCAAAAUGCAACUGAAAAAGCAUCAGAUUAUCUUCGUAGACUCCAUGCUGUCCUGCAACGAGUAAUGGAAAGGGAUGGUUUAGUUGGAACACAACCUGAUAAGCAACUGUUGAAGCAAUUUAUCAGGGGUUGUUGGGAUGAUACGUUAAUAGACCGUUUGCACUUGAAGGACUUUCUGAGUGACAUUUCUGAGCAGUGCUUAUCAUACUCAAAGGUUUUAUUUGAGGUACGGGCUUUUGAGGAGGAGAAAGAGUCAAAAGAGACCAGAAAGAAGCGUCAUCUUGGUGCAACACAGCCCAAGGUUUCUGCCAAGUCUGUUGGUGUUGGUGAUAAUAUUAGUACUGUAUCCCAUACAGUUCCCGGUUCAACCAGCAGAGAAGAAGAGCUUGCCCAAAGGGUCCUACAGCUAGAAAAGGAUUGGAAAAAAGCAAAGGUAUCCUCAAGUACACAUGGUGUGUCAAAUGCUAGUGGAGCCCCAGAUACUGCAAGUAAUAGGAGCAGCUCUGCUGAAUUAAGAGAAAGGUCAGAAACCACAGUUAAGAAGGGACCCAAUAGGAUGGGGGCAUUCUGCUAUAAUUGUGGCAAAGAUGGACACACAAUGGAAAAGUGCUCUAAUCCAGUGAAUGCAGUGCUGGUUCAGCAAAAGCUCAGGAAUAGAUGCGAGAACAGGGCUGCACAGCGCAGAGAAGCUUAUACUCCAUUGCAUCCUUUAAACUAGAUGGGUGUCUCUAUAAGGGACAGAUAGAGGCACUGAAUUCAUGUACACCCAGUCCCAAAACAACUCAAAAGCACAAUAUACCCAGUUUUCAUAAAAGUUUACAGGGCGUACCUCCUGGUCUUGUUGGUGAGUCGUGUCACACUGUUGCUUUUCUUGAUGGUGUUCGUUGCCUCUGUUUAGUAGACACUGGAUCACAGGUAACUUGCCUAUCUGAGUCAUUUUACCGUCAGUAUUUGUCACAUCUCAAGUUAAGCUCGAUACAAGACUUACUCUGUGUUGUUGGUGCGGGAGGUAGUACUGUUCCUUAUCUAGGAUUCAUAGAAGUUAAUGUGCAAUUUCCUGAAGAUGUUUGUGGCACAGAAAACAGCUUUUAUGUGUUAGUUCUUGUUUGCCCUGACAAUCAAUGUAAUACUACUGUACCUCUCUUAGUGGGAACAAAUGUACUCAGGCAUCUCAUGCGUGAGUGUGAGGAGAAGGCUGGUGCGCAAUACUUGAAGAGGCUGGCUAUCCGCUGCGACUGGGCUGCUGCCUAUACCAAUACAAUUGGUGAAGCCAAUGCAAAAGCAAAAACUACCAAAGUGAGAUUAGCCAGUAAAACACCUGUUACGGUUCCCAAGAACGAGUCUAAAGAGCUGAAAUGUAUGCUGAGUAAGAAUAUCUAUAGCAAAGGAUGCAAUAUACUUAUAGAAGCAUCUGAAGGACGUCCCAUUGCAGGAGGAUUACUGGUUUACAAUCAGCUGCUAGAAGGAGACCCUCAAAAUCGUACCAAGAUUGGAGUCAUGGUCAAAAAUGCCUCUGAUCAUGACAUCACCUUACAACCCAGAAGUGUUGUUGCUGCAGGGGAAACAGUGGAGUGGAUAAGGGCAUUAGAUGUCUCCAAAUUAAAUCUGAUGGAGUCCAGAUGUUCUAGUGCUACUGCAGUAUUGAGGGAGGGAGAAAAGUUCGGUCCCAGUAAUACAACAAGGCUGGAGUUGGAUUUUGAUAACUCACCAGUUUCUGAAGAUUUCAAGAAAUAUAUUACUACUAGGAUAGAAAAAGAAGUAGGCAGUGCAUUCUCCCUCCAUGAUCUCGACAUAGGACAUGCUCCUGGGAUAACACACAAAAUAGUGCUCACAGACAACACUCCAUUCAAAGAGCGCACCCGUCGUGUCUCUCCAGCUGAUUUUGAAGACCUGAGAAGUCACCUUCAUGAGUUGCUGACUACUGGGAUUAUUGAAGAGUCUGACAGCCCCUAUGCAUCUCCAGUUGUCUUGGUUAGAAAGAAAAACGGAUCCCUACGAAUGGUUGUGGACUACAGAAGACUGAAUCGUCUAACCAGGCGGGAUGCAUACCCACUUCCUAGAAUAGAGGAGACUUUUGCUCUUCUUUCAGGCUCAAAAUGGUUCUCAGUACUAGAUCUAAAAAGCGGAUAUUAUCAAAUUGAAGUAGAAGAGUCUGACCGUGCCAAGACUGCAUUCACAACGCCAUUUGGUAAUUGGCAAUUCAAAAUGAUGCCUCAAGGUUUAACCAAUGCCCCAGCUACAUUUCAGAGAACAAUGGAGCGGGUGAUGUCAGGAGUUAAUCUACAGGAAGUGGUUGCUUUCCUGGAUGACCUAAUUAUAUUUUCAGACACUCUUGAACAACACGAGGAACGUCUAAUGAAGGUCCUGCAUCGCAUUGCUCAGUAUGGCUUGAAGCUCUCUCCUUCAAAAUGUAAAUUCUUCCAGAAUUCGGUGGCAUAUCUGGGACACAAGAUUUCGGAAGAGGGAAUCUGCCCUGACCCCCAGAAAAUUUCAGCUAUAAUAGAUUGGCCGACGCCCAAGAACAUCAGAGAGGUUAGGUCUUUUCUCGGCUUCGCAGGGUAUUACAGACGUUUUGUGGAAAAGUAUGCAAACAUUGCCAGGCCAUUAAAUGAUUUGUUGGUGGGCGAAGCUUCAAACAGAAAGAAAGGGGCAUCUUGGCGAAUAAAAGCAAGACAGUCUCUGGGUGAUCGAUGGACAGCAGAUUGUCAAAGGGCAUUUGAAUGCAUCAAAGAGAAGCUCACUACAUCGCCAGUGUUAGGAUUUGCAGACUGGAAACUCCAUUAUAUCUUACACACAGAUGCCAGUAUCACAGGCCUGGGAGCAGCACUCUACCAGGUCCAGGAUGGUAAAAUGAGAGUUAUCUCAUAUGCUAGUCGAGGACUUAGCAAAAGUGAACGAAACUACCCUGUUCACAAAUUGGAAUUUUUAGCUUUGAAAUGGUCAAUAAGUGAAAAGUUUCAUGACUAUUUAUAUGGGACAGAAUUCAAAGUAGUGACAGAUAAUAAUCCUCUGACAUAUGUUCUCACAACUGCAAAAUUGGAUGCUGCAGGACAUAGGUGGUUGUCAGCCCUGUCUAUCUAUAACUUUGACAUAAGCUACAGAUCUGGAAAAACUAAUAUGGAUGCAGAUGGCUUAUCCCGAAGGCCAAAUGGACCUGCUGCAGAUGAUGAUGACUCCCUGAAGCAAGUGGAGAGAAUUGCUAAAAUGCUGUCCAGGACCAGACAAGACCCUGAUUUUGACACCCUGGAGUCAGAUGUGUGUAAGGCUGCUUUCCUGAGGCAUAAAGUAGUAGUACUUGCACAGGAAGUUGAAUCAGAAGAGCCUGGUGAGCAAGAGAAUCCAGAGAUAGAAGUGAGCGGGAACAAACCUAGCGCUGUAGAAGCUUUACCUAGUGGAGAGGGUGCCAUUCCAGAUGAUUUUGAAUUUCCAGAACCAUGGCCAGGGCAACCAUUACUCCCUGGAUUAACUUUAGAAAACUGGAAAGUUCUUCAAAACAGAGAUGUUAAUCUGUCCAGAGUCAUUCAGUUGUUGGGGAAAGGCAGAAAGCUUGAAGAAAAAUUCAGAAAGUCAGAGACCCCUGAAGUAAGAUUACUUUUAAAAGAGUGGCCUAAACUUCUCCUUAAAGAGGGUGUUCUACAUCGGCGGGUGAUGAGGAAUGAAGAACUAUACGAUCAGUUGGUGAUUCCACAAAGUCACCAGGCUAGAGCUUUGGAAGGAGUACAUGAUGAAACUGGACAUCUUGGCUAUGAGAGGACUCUGGAUUUGGCUAGAGCACGCUUCUAUUGGCCAAGGAUGACCCGGGAUGUGGAACAGAAAUGCAAGACUUGUGAGAGGUGCUUACGCAGAAAAGCAAGGGCAGAGAAGGCUGCAAAAAUGGUCAAUAUAAAUGUUUAUGCUCCCAUGGAGCUUGUCUGCAUUGAUUUUUUAUCAUUAGAACCUGAUUCCAAAGAUAUUCGGAACAUACUAGUUAUAACCGAUCACUUCACAAAAUAUGCGCAAGCAUAUCCAACUAAAGACCAGACUGCCAAGACUGUAGCCAAUCUGUUGUGGGAGAAUGUAAUUUGCCACUACGGGUUUCCCAAGAGAGUUCAUAGCGAUCAAGGUGCAAAUUUUCAGUCUGAACUCAUUUCAGAGCUCUGUAAAAUUUGUGGCACUAAAUCUAGAACUACACCUUACCAUCCUAGAGGAAAUCCAGUUGAAAGAUUUAACAGAACCCUCCUUGACAUGCUGGGUACCCUCUCUGAGAAGAAGAAAGAUAACUGGAGGAAGUAUGUUCGCCCUCUCGUUCAUGCAUAUAACUGCACUCGUAACGACACUACUGGAGAGUCUCCGUUCUUCCUCAUGUUUGGUAGGCAGCCAAGAUUGCCUAUAGAUUUGUGCUUUGGCAUCAGUCCUGUUGGACAUGACCAUAAGACUCAUCAGCAAUAUGUGAAGGAACUUCGUCAGAGGCUAAAAUAUGCCUACGAGCGAGCCACUAAGGAAGCAGAGAAAAGACAGCUGGCCAAUAAACAGAGAUGGGACAAGAAGGUCAUAGCAUCAUCCUUGGAGGAAGGAGAUCGAGUCCUGGUUAGGAAUGUAAAUUUGCGUAGGAAGCACAAAAUAGCUGACCGCUGGGAACACGCUGUUUACAUUGUCGUACGGCAGGCUAGAGAAGAGCUGCCAGUCUAUGUGAUUAGACCAGAGAAAGAUGAUGGACCUGAGAGAACAUUGCACAGAGACAUGUUGCGUCCUUGUGGAUUCAUAUCGGCUGAAGAGGGAGUUGAUGAUGGCACAGUACCUGAGAAGGCAAGACGUACGAGGACGAGGCAGACUGCAGGGACCUUGGAUGAAACUAGAAAUUCUGAUGAGGAUGAUACAGAUCAAUCGGUAAUUCCUUCUGAAGAAGAACAGAAUAUUGCUGGUUCUGGAUUGAAUCCAGAAGCUCCUGAGUUCUGUACUUACCUGCCAAUGACUGAUGAAGAUCCUCCACUCCAUUCUUCUUUGCAUGAAGACGACGUGACGGGACCAGUAACUGAGGUUACUAUUGAAAGAGAAAUAACCGAGGAAGUCUCAGAAUCAGCACUGGGUGAACUUCAACAAAGUUCCAAAACUGAGCCUAGGGAGACCAUAGAUCCCCAAGUGUUAAGACGAUCAGAAAGAGAGAGGAAACUGCCAUCUAAGUUCAAAGAUUUUGAAGUAACUUCUCAAAAGAUAACUUCUGACAAGAAACACGAUUACAAUAGAGCUGUUUCACAAAUUGUUUCCUGUGUACAACAGCAAAACAAAAUGAUAUUGGAACAGUUGCAUAAACAGACCGAGCUAUUGAUUCAGGCUUUGAUUUCGCAUUAGCAUAUAGAAGAUGAUUAAAUAAAUAUAUGGAUAUUUUCUGUGGGUGUUACUAUCGAGGACGAUAGCUUUUAGGGAGGGAGAAUGUAGCCCCCAUGCUUCCUGUUUCCAAAUAUGGGUAUCAGUGAGUCUGUUUCUUUAACACGACCCCCCUUCUGUGCCCGCAAUAAACACGUGCACAGUCAGUUGCCUGCAUGUUAAUUUCCAAUGUGCAAACGAGUGCUAGAGCUACCGUCCUAGGAAUACAUCUGAAAUUUCUAUAUGCUGUAUCUUCACUGUCCUGCAUUGCUAUUAUAUUUUAUUAAUAGGUAAGCGAUUUCUCCUUACUUUUGAUUUUUUUUUAUUGAUUAAAAAUAGCAGGAUUUGCUGUAAUAAAGCUUUAAGUAAAACUUUAAAUAAAUAAAUAAGUAGUGUGGCCGCCAUGUGGAUGAUUCUGUUCAAUACAGCUUUGCAAAUAAAUAUUUGAAGCGGCUAUAUUCUAAUACUUAUAAAAGAAUAAUAUAUAUUUUUUAUAUUUGAGUGAUUUCUGUUAUUUACAGAGGCAGUUGUGUUUCCCAUUUUACUCGGUAAAUAGAAAAAAAAGGAGAAUAUUGUUUAUACAUUCGUCCGCCAUUUUGACUGAACUGCAGUUAAAUAUAGUUCAAAACUUGAACGGUUUAUAAUAUGUGUUUAAGAUGUUCCAAAUAUAUAUUUGUCAUUUAUAUAGUACAUUUGUAUUGUAUGGUUACUAAAAAAAUAAAUAAAUACACUUUAAAUAAGUUUCCUUUUAAUUAAUGCACCACGUGUGUAUUGUGUUUUACACAGUCAGUUGCCUGCAUGUUAAUUUCCAAUGUGCAAACGAGUGCUAGAGCUACCGUCCUAGGAAUACAUCUGAAAUUUCUAUAUGCUGUAUCUUCACUGUCCUGCAUUGCUAUUAUAUUUUAUUAAUAGUUCGUGGAGACCGGAGAUUACGAAGAGUGGAGGACUCGAUCCAUUGCAUCUACCGAGACGGCUUGUAUUGCAGCGGGACUGACAGUUCAGCAGAAGGACUUGUUUUUUUUAUAUUUUUAAGUCCUCCGGAGGUACUUUAGUCGUUGUGCACAACUGAUAGAAACAUUUUGUUUUAUUCUAUAUUUUUUAUUUCCAAUGUUUGUUUGUUUUUUUUUACUGUGAACAAUAUUGUAACAAUUUUAAUUGCUACAUAUAUAUUACUUUUAUAAACAUUUUAUUUUCAUAAAGCA